AUGCCCAUCUCGACCUGGAUUCCGCCGCCUCCUCCAGAUCCCGACUCUUUGAAGAACCCACCACCGUUCGCUCCUUUCCCGCUCAUCCAACUGCGCGCCGGUAAGAUCAAGAAGUCUCUCGGAAAUGGCAAGAUCGAGACGGCUAUCUACAAAGCUCCAUUGACAGGCCCCGUCAAGAUCUGCGAGACGGGCAUCCCUACGGACGAACAUGCGUUCUAUAUGCAUGGUGGUCCAGACAAGGCACUUCUCCACUACUGUACAGCACAUUAUGAUGAGUGGAAGAAAGAGAUACCGACCUCAGAGCACCACUUCAAGCCCGGUGCAUUUGGAGAAAACCUAUUCAGUGCCGAAGUUAGCGAGAUGAACCUAUGUAUUGGGGAUCGACUAGCCAUUGGUGAGAUCAUCGUCGAAGUCUGCGAACCACGAGCGCCUUGCUACAAGCUCAACCAUCGCUUCGAGGUCAAGGAUAUGGCGAAACGCAUUCAAACACUGCUACGUACGGGCUGGACAUAUCGUAUCAUCAAGACGGGUACCAUCGCCGCUGGCGACAUGAUCUCCUUACUUGAGCGACCGCAUCCGGAGUGGACGGUAGCUCGAGUCAUGUACUACCUGUUCAUUGAGACCAACAACGUGGAGAUGAUGGAACAGAUUGUGCAGCUACCGCAGCUUGGCUGGGAUAUCAAGGGAAAGUUCCAAAAACGUCUAGACAAGGGUGUUGUUGAGGAUCAUAAUGGCAGAUUGUGGGGUAGUGAGGACGAGAAGAUGGAUACUUGGAGUGAAUACCGGCUUGUUGAGAAACGAAGGGAGACAAGUAACGUUUCAGCCUUUAUCUUCGAAUCCGUCGAAGACAUACCGGAGCCGGAGCCCGUCGAACCUGGUAGCCAUGUGCGACUGAAGCUUUCCUCCAAGCUUGUACGUGCCUACUCUGUCGUUGGUGGAAACUCAAAGCGCUUCGAGCUCGGUGUUGCUUUAGACCAAGCGAGUCGCGGUGGCUCCAAGUACCUACACGAACAGACCAAAAUCGGUGACACACUCACCGUCGGUCGCAUCACAGCGAGCUUCCCUCUCGCCAAAAAUGCGGACAGACACAUCAUUAUUGCAGGCGGCAUCGGUAUCACGGCCUUCAUGACAGCGUUCACCUAUCUCCAAGAAGCAAACCAAGACUUCCACUUUCAUUAUGCCGUCGCAGAAGAAAUACCCUUCGCCUCCCAGAUCGCCGCUCUCGGAUCCAAAGCAAAUAUCUACAACAAAGCUGAAGGUCAACGUCUAGAUCUCUCCGCUAUACUCGCAAAAGCCGAUGACCAAACACACAUCUACACUUGCGGUCCCACACGCCUCAUGGAUGCUGUUGUCGCCACCGCGAAAUCCUACGGGAUCCCAGAGUCGUCUGUGCACAUCGAAGCUUUCACGGUAGCUACAUCAGGUGAUCCUUUUACGGCGGAACUCAAACACAGUGGGAAAACUUUGGAAGUAGGGGCUACAGAGUCGCUGCUUGAUGUGCUCAAGGCUGUGGGUAUGGAUAUCGAUAGCUCUUGUGAGGUGGGUAAUUGUGGGACAUGUAAGGUGGACGUCUGCGGCGGGAGAGUGGAACACCGGGGAACGGGGUUAUUGGACGAGGAGAAGGAGGGAAGUAUGCUGAGUUGUGUUAGUAGGGGCGUGGGGAAGAUUGUGUUAGACUUGUAA